AGCUUUCCACAAAUAACAAAAGUAAACGCACUUGUCUUUCUAUUUCACUCACACACACACACACACACACACACUCUUGUCUCCCUUUUUGUUUUCUCUCUCUUUUUUCCAAAUCUAAUCAUAAAAAUUUGAGGGUUUUUGAUUCAUUGCUAUACCAAUCUUUAUAUUAUCUCCAUUUGCCUUCACAUUUAGAGAGGAAAGAGAAAAAAGAAUUCUUGGAGUUUCAAUUGUUUGAUGCUUUAUUUGUUCUUUACAAAGUUGAGAUUUUUAAUGCAUACCCUUAUAGUUUUAUGAGGAUUUGAAGAUCAAGAAUCUGAAAAUUCCCUUCUUUUUUUUUUUGUCAAUUGGGAGCUGAAUUUUUGUUUGUCAAGAAGAUAAUACAUUAAAUCUUGGAAUUUUCUUGCAAAGAUUUGAGCUUUUUGAGGAUUUUGUAGCAAAGAUUUGAGCUUUUUGAGGAUUGUGUUGAAAUGGGGUUAUUGGUUCUGCAAUGGAAUCAUUUGAUUUUGGGGUUCUUUAGGUAAAAUUUAGUAGGAACCUUUGUUGUUGUUGUUGUUGUGUAUUUGGAUAAUGGAUACAAAAAAUAAGAAAGAUUUUAAAGGGGAGAAAAUUCAGUAUGUAGAUAGUGUAGAAGCUCCAAAAUCUGUAUUGAAUGGGGAAAAAGAUGAGGAUGAUGAAUCUAAAGCAUUGUUGUUGCCUUCAAGAAAAGGUGGGUUGUCAAAAAAGACAGUAAAGCCAAAGAGAAAAGUUCAGUGGAAUGAUACAAAUGGGAAUAAACUUACUGAGGUCUUGGAAUUUCAGCCAAGUGAUGCAAGUGACUCGGAUGACGAUGAAUCAGAUUCUUGCAUUUGUAGAAUAAUGUAGUUCUUAUUGAAUGCAUUACCAAGCCAAUUGUCCUUUUGACUUAAUACAGGGUUAAUCAACAUGUUGAAUCUACUGUGAUUCACAUUUUAUGGCAUAUAAUAACAACAGUUUAUUAUAAAGAGAGUCAACUGUUUCUAGUUUUGGUUCAAAUCAUCUGGCACCUCGAGCCAAAUGAAUCGGCCCUUUCCUUGUACACAAUCAGAUAGAGAGAAUGACUUCCUAUGUUGUAUAAUUUAUAUGAGUGCUUCGGGUUUUAGUAGAUAACAUACAGAACCUUCGGGUUUUCUUGUGUUUUUUUUUUUUUUUUUUUCUUAAUUAUAAUGUAUAUGAGUGCUGAGCCUUACAUGGCAAGAAUGGUUUUGUAACAUCUUUCUUCCUCUGUCCACUGUUUUCUUUUUGUAACAAUAAAGAAUUACAACAUGCAUA